UUGGAAUCCAACCUCCACCUCAAAUGAUACGACGCGCCUGGAAGCCUGUGGGUGCAUCUGUAGCGACAGCUGGAACGGCUUAUUACUUCUAUACUUCCUCAACGCGUCAGACGUUCGAGAUACCAGUCAAGGUGACUGGAGCAGAUGGCAAACCAGUAGUAAUCAACAAGCAACUGCCCCUUCUCCCUAUGCGGACUCUCGAUGAACGUCUCAAUCAAAAUGCGACAUCAGAGACGGUUCAUAGACCAAACGGCAUUACCUGGCACUAUUCAACUGCAUCACUACCCUCGAAUAAUCCCAUCGAGGACGCCAGUUCGCACCAAAUCAUCCAACGAGACCCAGAUCCCGAAGGAAAGGUUACUGGCGACUAUCUCUUCCUCGCUGUCUUUGACGGGCACCGUGGACCUGAAACGUCUCAGUUGCUAUCUCGCGUCCUGAUCAAGGCUGUGGCUCUUGAGCUUUCGCAACUCGUAUCCGACGUUGAACAACCAAACCGCGGGGUAAUUCAGAAUCUUACAUCUCUCCUUUGGCCGAAAUCAACCUCUACCCCUCCACAAUCCAUAAACUAUAACCAGAAAGUAUCCGUUGCCAUUGAGAAGGCAUUCACAAGGCUGGAUUGGAGUCUUCUGAACGCCCCAUUAGGCCUCCUGAAGGAGGCAAUACAAUCUCAGCAAAAGAAGGAUCAGGUACCGGACCUAAGCAAUCAUCCGAUGGCGUUAAAGACUAUGCUACCAGCAUUAUCAGGUAGUUGUGCUCUGAUGGCCAUUUUCGACACGGCUCAUAAUGACCUGUACGUUGCUUGCGCCGGGGACAGUCGAGCUGUGUCUGGGGCUUGGGAACAAGGAGCUGACAGAAAAGGUAUAUGGUCAGUUGAUGUAUUGAGCGAAGACCAAACUGGGCGAAAUCCCAACGAGGCUCGACGUAUAAUCUCGGAACAUCCAAAAGAGGAGGCACCAGAUGUCAUCCGGAAUGGCCGUAUCUUGGGUGGGUUGGAGCCUUCCAGAGCUUUUGGCGAUGGCCGGUAUAAGUGGCCUGCUGAGAUUCAAGAAGUCUUGAACCAAGUUUUCAUGGUCGGGAACGACAUGCCGUUAAGGAAAGCGCCUACGACACUCAAAACCCCUCCGUACGUGACCGCCCGGCCAGUCAUUAGCCACCGGAAGUUAUCAUUCGAGAACCCGCCUUCAAGGCGGUUCAUUGUGAUUGCCACAGACGGGUUAUGGGAUGCUUUAAGUUCGCAAGAGGUGGUAAGCCUCGUAGGAGGGUUUCUUUCUGGACUUCGGGGGAACAUUCGCAAGUGUGAUUUACCCUCCUUGGUCCCAACAGUGACUGGGAAUCCUGGUAUUGAUGGAAAGGAAAAGCGAACAAAAGCGGACGACGGGACUUGGGCAUUCGUCGACGACAAUAUCAGUGCUCAUCUUAUACGGAAUGCUCUCGGCGGUGGGGACGAAUUUGCUUUGAGGAGAUUGUUGAGCAUACCUGCUCCGUACUCCAGAAGAUAUCGAGAUGAUAUCACGGUCACGGUGGUGUGGUGGGAGAAUGAACAGACAGAAAACGUACGAUCGACCACGGUGAAUAUCAGUCCUACUGUCAAGUCCAAACUGUGAGGAAUGACGGAGUGGUACGAUGUAUAUACGAUGUAGUACCAACUUGGAGCAACAUGUCUAGGCCUGGGUUCAGGGAGCA